CCCAUCCCGUCCUCUUUCCGCCAUCUUGCAGCGCUGCCACCAUGGUGCGCAUGAACGUCCUGGCAGAUGCUCUCAAAAGCAUCAACAACGCAGAAAAGCGAGGAAAACGCCAGGUUCUCAUCAGGCCGUGCUCCAAAGUAAUCGUCCGGUUCUUAACUGUGAUGAUGAAGCAUGGUUAUAUUGGCGAAUUUGAGAUCAUUGAUGAUCACAGAGCAGGGAAAAUUGUUGUGAACCUCACGGGCAGGUUAAACAAGUGUGGUGUAAUCAGCCCCAGAUUUGAUGUUCAAUUGAAAGAUCUGGAAAAGUGGCAGAAUAAUCUCCUACCAUCCCGUCAGUUUGGGUUUAUUGUGCUUACAACCUCAGCUGGCAUCAUGGACCAUGAGGAAGCAAGACGAAAACACACAGGAGGAAAAAUCCUGGGAUUCUUUUUCUAAGGGUGUAAAACAAACAUACCAAUAAAAUGCUCCAAUGGAC